CACCUGUGUUAUGGUCAGAGCAUAGUCCAGAUGGCGAACAACUCGUUUUAAACCAAGAGGAAGAUAAUUUGGUUUGAUUAGAAAAGAAAAAUGAGUUUUUUUAACGCUCUACAACAGUACGUGACAAAUAGUGUUUCCAGUUUAAACCUUUCGCCGCGUCGCUUUUCUAGAGAGAAUGAAGAGAAGAGCAGUUCUUCUUCUUCCAGUGUCGAUCCGAUUCUUCCGCCACCUUUGACGAUGACGAAAAUGCCCAUGCCGUCGGUGAGCCGUGAGGCCGGCAGUAGAUCUCCGAGUACUGUCCAUCGUUCGUCGGCUCACCUCCUCCAGGAGCGAUCGAAAUCGCUUAAAGCCGUUUCUUCGCAAUCGCAACCACCUUCCCCAAGACGGGUCGUUGGCGGACGUACGGCUUCGCUCAAAGAGUCAUCGACCCUGUCGAUUACGGUGCCGUCUGCAUCCGGCGGCGGCGGGCCGAUUUCGCCAUCUUCUUCAACGGUCGCACUUGCGGCUAUUCACUCGCCAUCACCUUUGUCGUCACCAUCUUUUCAUCACAUGGCGGGCAAGCGAAGGGAACCUAAACUUUUGCCAACUUUUGCUCUGCUCGAGGGCAAUCGUCGUACUUCUUGGCCACAAUUUGCCAUCACCGGUUCCGGCGUCCAAGAAUCAGACGGAUCGUUCUUCGAGAGCUACACGGCGCUGUGCUGGAAACAAGAGAACAGGCGACUUCAAGUUCUGCGAGAAGAUGAUCAACCGCUUGUUGCACAGCUGUCGGAAAGCGAUGGCCGGAUGGAUUCCUCUCAAUUUAUUUCGUCCAAAGAGAUGGAGCAGCUUUAUGUUGAGGUGCUGUACACGAUCCGCCACAAACUGGGAGCCCAUUCGGCCAAGUAUCCGCACCACUUCAAGGAGGAUCUCGUUCAUUACGCCCAGGUGGCUUUCGGCGUCGGCCACGAAUAUCACCGCAAGUGCAACGCCAUCGCCAGCGAAGAAAAGCCUCCGAUUGUCGUUCUCAACGUGAUCGUCAUCGAAGCUGAAGGUCUAGAGGCCAAAGAUCCCAACGGAUUCAGUGAUCCGUAUUGCAUGUUGGGCAUUCAACCGGGUUGUUGUUCCGGCAACAGGGGGUCGGCCGAUCAGCCGUCUCCACAGCAGCUGGCCCAACCGCCGCUGGACACGAUCGGCUCUAACGAGGAGUUGCCAACGAUGUCGUCGUCUUCGUUGUCGACCAGUGACCAGCGACGCGAUUCGCUUGUUUCUAUGAUGCCCAUCGAGAAACUGAAGAAGCAUUCCAGCUUUAGGCUGAGUUUCAAACGUAAAGAUCCUAGCGUCGUGACGUCAACUGUUGUCGUAUCGGCCGGAGGCAACAGCAAUCAAAUUGGCCCAGCCAACCGACCGAAUCUCGGCCCUGCUUCCAGCAGCUCCAUCAGUGUGGUAGGCAGCAGCGUCGGAAGCAACAGCAACAGCUCGAGCAACAGCUGCAGUCUGCACGGACGGGAGCAACGCGAUAGCCUGCACGCCGCCCUGCCGGCCAAGUUCAUCCGAGCCACGUCCGUCAAAGGCGCGACGCUCAAUCCGAAAUGGAACGAGAAAUUCCGCUUUGAUAUCGACGACGUCUGCAGUGAUACUCUCCACUUAGACAUUUGGGAUCACGACGAUGAAUAUUCGGUACUGGAUGCCGUCAGCAAACUGAACGAGGUCCGCGGAGUCAAGGGCCUUGGACGUUUCUUCAAACAAAUCGCGCAGUCGGCACGAUCCGGCACCCAGGACGAUUUCCUAGGUUGCGUCAAUAUUCCACUUCAGGAAAUACCGUCGACGGGCGUCGAGUGCUGGUACAAGUUGGGCGGCCGGUCGCAGCGCUCGACGAUCCAGGGCCGGAUCCACCUCAAGCUGUGGCUGUCGACGCGAGAGGAUCUCGGCACCAGCGAGGAGGACAACUGGACCGAGAUCAAACAGCAGGAGAAGCUGCACUGCGUCUUCAUCGACUUUGAAGUCUCCCGUUUCAAGAAUUCUCCGUCGCAAUGGACGGGCGAACUCUCCCAGGCGGCCCUGACGAUCCUACACCAGCACGCUAUCCAGGGCGAUGUGACGGUGCUGCAGUCGCACGUCGUCCGCUGGAUCGCCUACGCCGGUAAGCAGCCGGAUAAGUCGCUCCACUUCUCCGUCCUCUACCGCAUCCUCAAUGACCUGGACCACCAAUGGUCGUCGCUGGCCUCGGAGCCGCUCUCCCGCGAGGAGGAGGACGCCCUGGCCGAGUCUUUCACUGCCUUUAUCGAUUAUUCGUUGUCUUGCCUCCGCAAGAUCCGAUACCUAUUCAGCCAUAGAUUGUCCAAUUCUUCCAAAUUGGAAUUUCUUCUCAAGUGUUUAAUGCAGUUGGAUGUCAUGCGAGCCUUCCGGCGCUGUUGCCCGUUUCACAAAGAGAUCCGCGGGGAGAUCGUUGUUGCUAUUCGCAAAGGUGCCGCUGAAUGGUUCAACUCUGAAUUACAAAGGUGUGUACCCACUGACGCCAACCUCAUAACCGUCGUCAAUGGCUUGACGGUGCUGACCAAUCGCGUCUAUGCUGAUUUAACCCGUUCCCAUCAAAUCUACGACGAUGUGUUUCAAAGAAUUGGCAACGUUUCCUACUUUAACAUUGUCUACAAGAAUCACGUGAAAAUGAUCACUCAAGAGUUCAGUUCGCGUCUGGAGAGCAUCCGCAGUCAUUUCCCUAACGGCCCCAACGGUCCCACCAUCAGCACAACGGAUGGUGGAAAUGGCGUCGAGAUGGGCUCGGCGGAAAACGCAGGACCCCUUUUCGAAUUGAAUAUCGCUUUGCAAGAUUUACAGAAGUUUCAAGAUCACGCUCCACCCGACGAAAUCACGCUCAGUCACCAAAUGGCCGCCUUAAACUGCCACGAUUGUUUCAGAGCCGUUUUGGAACACUGGCUCGUUGUGGCCCGUUCAAAAGCAUUGAACCGGGUGCGGUCGGCCGUCGAGCUGGACUCUUUCACCAACGUCGAGCCCUACCUGAAGCAUUCGACUUCGGCAAUCGAUACGACUUCGUGCUUCUAUCAGGUUUGUGAUUUUUGGAAACAAUUGGCGUGGCCGGAACUCGUCUCCUCCUAUCCGUUUGUCUACAGUUUAGUAGAGAUGAUCACGGCCAGCGCCAUCGUUUACGCCGACCUCAUUUUCCUGCGCAUCCAAACGCACGGUUUCUUCACCGAUGAUUGGAAAAACACGGCCGUCGUCGAAGAAGUCUACGUUAAUUUGAAUAACCUGCAGCACGUGAAAAAUGCGCUGGCUUCCAUUCCGCAGACGCUCCGCGUGGCGGCCAUCGUCUCUGCGGUAGACGGCCCAAACACGGCGUUGCUUGACGUUCAGAGGAGUCCAAUCUCCGGUAGAUCCAGGUCGCCGUCGGUCGUUUCCGGAACGCUGGCAUCGCCCGGGUAUUUAAUGAUUGCCGGAGGCGCGAUGCCCAAUAUCAGCGGAUGUGUUGGUAUUAACAGCUACGAUAACAGCGCCAGACAGGCAUUCCAUAAUCUUUUGGAAACAGCCCGCGAUCACUACGAGAACAAGCUUUUGCGAAUCGCUGGAUGCUUAGCCGAAAAGAUGAGGAGCGAAGUGAAAAAAAAUAUUUUUCACUUGGCUUGGUCGCCGGACUCGUUACCAGCCAACGAGGCAGCUGCACCUCUACUCGAUUGUCUAGACCACAUUCUUCUCGACCUGCAGCCCAAUCUAUUGCCGGACGCUUUUCAACGAUGCGUAGCAGCCAUCUGGGACGUGCUUCUCGUUGAGUUGUGGGCUCAGGCUGAAGUAUCCAGCGGAGAUAAAUUCUGUAAGUUUUACGACCGACUGCACGGCGCCCUCCAAAUGUUGGUGAAUUUCCUGCACGCCGACGGUAAGGGCCUCUCGAUGGAUGCGCUCAAGUGCCCGACGUACCAGCGCGUCGAGGAGAAAAUCUCGCUGCACAAGGCCAAAACGGAACAGCUGAUCGAUCUCUAUCAUGUCGGACGACUGGGCCAGCAGCAACAGCUGCACGGCAGCGGGACCAUCGAGGCUCCUUACGGCGUUCUCAGCAUCCGCGUCUACUUCCAUCACGACAGCUUGAGCGUCGAAAUCCUAUCGGCCAGGGACGUCAUCCCAUUGGAUCCCAACGGACUCAGCGAUCCUUUCGUCAUCGUUGAGCUCCUACCCCGUCGACUCUUCCCCAAUUGCAGCGAACAGCAGACGAGCGUCAAGCGGCGCACUCUUUAUCCCGUCUUUGACGAGUGUUUCGAAUUUCCGGUGACGUUGGAGCAAUGCCGGCAAGAAACGGCCAUGCUCCUGUUUACAGUUAUGGAUUACGACGUUUUGACGGCCAAUGAUUUCGCUGGCGAAGCCCUUCUGUCUCUCAACACAGUACCGGGAGUUGCGGCAACGCCGCAAGGGCUGGACACGUUUCACGGGCUCAAACAGAUCGACUUGGUCCUGAUGCAUCAGCCAAACAAACAUCAUCCUAUCCUGUCAGUGUUGGAGUCGCGUGUUUGGGACCGAACGGCGCAAGAGUUUGCCAAAAAGCAAAGGGAACGAGUCGUCAGCUAAAACAUGAUCGGUGGCGUCGUAAACAUGAAUGGACCCCUUCAAAACCAACAACAAAA